AUGUUGAUCACUGAGACCUUCCAUGAUGUGCAGACAUCAUACGGCACCACUUUGCGUAUCUACGUAUAUUCUCCCAAAAUAGCAGGCUAUCCGCAGGCUAAGUUUCCUGGAGUGAUCCUGUACAGUGAAAUUUACCAAGUGACGGGGCCGGUUCGCCGUUUUGGCCAAAGAAUUGCGUCUGAAGGUUACGUUGUGGUGGCACCUGCCAUUUACCACAACUUCAUGGGUCCUGAAGCGUUGCCCUAUGACGUUCAGGGUACCGAUAUCGGUAACGAGUACAAGAUCAAGAAGCCAUUAGAAUCGUACGAUGAAGACAACAAACUGUGUUGCGAUCUUCUUUUCCAGCUACCGCAGUUUGAUGGUAAGAGAGUUGGGUCCACGGGGAUGUGUUUAGGUGGCCAUUUGGCUUUUAGGGCGCUGCUGGACAAGAGGGUCACCUGUGCAACAUGCUUCUUCCCUACCGACAUCCAUUCGAGAACCUUGGGGCUGGGCCAAGACGACAAUUCUUUGGAACGUGUUUCGAAGGAGUUGGGUAAUAACCAGGAAAUGGUCCUGAUCUUCGGAACUGCGGACACCCAUGUCGAUCCGGAAGGCCGCGAUCUGAUCAGAAAGACUCUCAGAGACCACGGAGUAAAGUUCACUUUCUUGGAAAUCCUGGCUGCCCAGCACGCGUUCAUCCGCGACGAGUUCAGCAAGGGUAGAUUCGACUCCGCUAUCACUCAAAGUUGUCUCGGCUUCCUGUUCGAGCAAUUCAACAGGAAAUUGAGAAUCGAUUUGGGUGAAUUUGUCGACGAUAAUACACCAUUGGAGCACGUUUGUUAA